AUGCAACCAAAUAAAAUAUAUAAAAUUUACAGGGGCCAACUUAGGCCGCUGCCUUCUCGACCGAGCGGAUCGGGCUCCCCUCUGCAGUUUACUCGAUCCUUCCCUCCGGCGACCACCAGAAGUCUGUCCUCACCAGCUUGCUCCCAGGUGCGCAACAAUCGGCCCCGCCCCCUUUACCCAGCAGGAGCCGCAGCAGCCGCGGACGCCCUGAUCCGCGUCCGCUCUGCGGUCCGCCGGGCUGGGCUGCAGCGCAUCCUGCCCCACUUCCCAGGGCAGCCCCGCGGCGAGCAGCGAGCGCGCGGCGCUGGGCGGCGGGGCCGACUUACCUGGGCACGAGCCGCUAGGGCGUGCGGGAGACGCCAGGCCGCGGCUAGGGGAUGCGGGCGGGUUGGAGGGCCUCCUCUCACUUUAUACCGGUCUUGCUCCUGUAAUGCGUGCGGGAAGUUUCAUCAUGUCUGCGAGGACCAACCAGCAUGCGCAGGGGCGUGGCCCGAGUGGUCUGGAACCAAGCCUGCACUGUCUCUGAGGUAUGCCUGUACUACAGAAAGGAGGUCUUGCAGAAUGCCGGGCAGCCUUGCUCACUCUUUCAGAGCUGGAGAGGUGAACAGGACACUUGCAACUAUCCCCAGAUGUUUCUACAAUUCUGCCUCAAUAGACUGGGGUGGAAAUAACCAACAUCAUAAGAAAAUACUUGCUAGUUUAAAAAAUAGCCUUUAAUUUUAUCUGUUGCAAGUGUUAACUUUCUAGUUUUACAUAAUAUAUCAGCAGAUGUAACUCAAAUGCUUUGCAAAAAUACAUCAGUUGUGCAAUGUUGUGAAUGUGCUAAAUGGCACUGAAUUGUACACUUAAAAAUGGUUAAAAUGGUGAAUUUUAUGUUAUAUGAA